AUGAAUUCGUAUCGGUUAAUUGGACCAACGACAGUCCAUCUGGAACAAGAAUUCUACCAAUUGGUGGCGAUGCUCUUUUUGACACUGUCAAGUCUCCGAGGGUUACAUCAAGAGGUCUACUGGGGAAUCAUGCCAGGGGAUUUCAGAUACGUGUUCUUGGUAGGACUAUGGCUGGGCCGGAAUAUACUGAUUCGAUGGAUAUGCACAAGUGAUCAAUCGACGCACAAAUCACCCAGCCUAAAAGGUGUGAUUGCCCAUUGGUUGUGUUCUCUCUUUGUCGGAGGCCAAUACUUCAAUCGUCCGAGUCCAGAGGCAGUAGCCAAACAACUAGGCACCCACCAUGUUGACAAUGGGAGAAUCGAACUCAUGACCGUGUCGGACUUUUUGUUCCCAUCCAUUCUCUACACUUGGCACACCAUCAAGGUUCGGAUCGUAUUUCCAUUCCUGGAAGCCAGAGACUCCUUUUUGAAUAGACUUCCCAAUCGAAUCAGGCGCAUCCUAUGGAUCAAACCAUCCGAUAAGACAGCAUCAGAUAGCAAGAGAGGAAUCCAUCGGUCUGCAUCUACCCGAUUGAAACUUAGUCGAUUAUAUGCACAAUAUCGAAAACGUUGGGGUCGAUACGUGCCACCGGCGCAAAUCCUUCCCAUUCUCUUAUUUGUCCUGCUGGUGUAUCAUUACUUUUUCUCGCUACCACAACCACCGCAGGACAACGGUAUCCAUGCCUUGACCAUGAACACUCGUGCCACCAAUGUGCUCCUGUCGGGUAUGGAUUCGCUUCCCUAUGGGGGCUACAAGAAAUUAGGAAAGCCGUCUUGGGCUCUGGUUUUGCUUCUCAUGUCAAUAAUAGGAACCUCGGCAACCAUAUUACUAUACGGACGAGUCUUCUUGCCUAUUGGGGAUUUGGCAGAAGGCGGGAACGUCCUGAAAGCAAUUCGGAAUGAAUUCAAGCCCAAUCAUCAGCAGCACCAAACAGGGCAUGGCAGCGGUAAAUCAAAGUCCAAAAACCAAAAGGAAAUCCCAGAACCUGUUACAUGGCCCGAAAACUAUGUCUCUGUCGCUACCGAGAAUCGCUUUCGACUUCUUUCGAAAUCCAUUUCGAUCCGCAUCAUUGAGAAUCUGGUAGUAUGCGCGCUAUUUCCUAGGACGCACUUGAUAAGCCGAUUCACUGGAAACUGUCCAAAGGGAAUGCCAAUGUCACAGCUGGCCAGAGUUCUCUACCCAGCUGGAGUUGUGGCAGCGUUGCGAUCGGAUAGUGAAGCCCAAAGUCACUUUGUCUUUGUCAAUACCGAACGCGGGGCCAUGAUUGCUACCGUUCUAUCUGUCAUCCUGAUAACGCUAUCAUCCUUAUUGACUCAGGGAGCAACACUUAACCGGGCAUACUUUGCAACGAUGGGAUAUCUUGCUGGCGGAUGGACCAUUGUAAGCCAGUCUCACCCUGCAGCGAGGGGGAAAUCAAAGCCAUUGCCAUGGGAUUCACGAAAGCAAUACAAGAAAGGUGAUUUGAUAAGUCAACAAUUUCCUGGCAUUGGAACACAAACCCUGUACAUGGCAACGACCGAUCAACCCGAAGGAAAGCCAUUCGACUUGAGUCUACGAGUGGUACAUGAUACCUUCCGAAACGAGCAUUGUCAUCCAGCAAACUCGGAUCUCAUCAAGUUUCUGGUUCAAAUUCAGCUGAAUAUGAUUGUUGGUCUGAUGGUAAUGAUCGUCUGCUAUCAUAUCGUCGGUGUGGAUUGCGGAAGUUUGAGGUGGAUUCUACUUGGCAAUCUUACAGCAGCCUAUGGUACAAUCAGCUCGACCCGAACAAGUGGUUUGUCUGAGAUUCAAAAUUUGGCGCAAGAAAUUUCUGGGCCACCAGACGAUGAACGAAGCGAACAAGAAUCGGAAAGCUACCAUGACAAGAAUGACGAGGACGAUGGUGAUGAUUCGAGUGGUGAAAACUAG